AUGGACCUGAACAAGCCAGCUCCUCCACCCAGUGACCGAGUGAAUAAAACCACGGAGCGUCUCGCGCUCUAUCAGAACCAACUGAGCCACGGUCAACCCCCAGCAACAACGACAGCACCCCAACCGACAUCGUUACCACCUCCCAGACUACUCACAAUGGCUCGCGAUCCCAUUACCUGCCAUGCCCUCAACACUUUGACAGGCACACCCGCCGCCAACCUCCCCGUCACCCUAAGUCUACUCUCAAGUCCAGCUACCAGCAGCAACAGCUACAAACCCAUCCUGACAUACUACGCGACCACCGACGCGGACGGACGAGUCAAACAAUGGACGUCCGCAUCGUCGACCGGAUCGACAAGCGUCCCCGAGUUCCUCGCCGCCCUACCGGCCGAUGACAGCAAAACCAGCUGGUCCGUGCGGUUUGAGACUGGGCCUUGGUAUGCGGCACAGGGCGUGGAGAGUUUCUGGCCGGAGGUGGAGGUGAAGUUUGUGGUUAAGGGACGGGGGAUUGAGGGGGAAGGAGGAUGGAGACAUUAUCAUGUUCCGGUGUUGUUGGGGCCUUGGAGCUAUUCGACUUAUCGGGGGUCAUAG